AUGGCAGUGCGGAGCUCGCUGCUAUUCCACCUUGGUCCCAAUAAGAACCAUCUUCGCUGCGAGCAAAUGCCCUACGGCGAUGUACAAUGCAGAUACGUUCCCGAAUUAUCUUCCUGUGUUUGCAUUCUUGUCCAACCCAGCGUCGAGCAGGGAGUUGGGAAUACCACCAAGUCCAACCCUUCGAAAAGGCACCGAGACCGUCUUAACGUGGAGUUUGACAAUCUGCUGAGCCUGCUUCCAACCACUGAGGAUGUCGCUGGAAGGAUGGACAAACUGUCCGUACUGCGUCUCAGCGUCAGCUGCCUCCGACUUAAAAGGUUCUUUGAAGUUACUUUGGGGCAAAGGAAGGAGAGUCUGCCCACAGGACAGCCCGGCAUCCAUGGAAUGGACAGAUUGUUCCCAAAUCUCGGCAACUCUGUGCUGUCAGAAGGUGAUCUCAUCCUGCAGGCUCUGAAUGGAUUUGUGUUGGUGGUGACAGCAGAAGGUGACAUCUUCUACACUUCUCCCACUGUGCAGGACUAUCUGGGCUUCCACCAGACUGCUGUCAUGCACCAGCCUGUCUUCGAACUGAUCCAUCCCGACGACCGAGAUGAGUUUCAGCGGCAGCUCCACUGGGCACUCAACCCAUCAGCGCUGUCCAUCGCGCGACGGUCAGGAGCUGGUGCUGGCACAAGGCGUGAUGUUGUUGUCAGCUACGACCCGCAGCAACUCCCACCGGAGAACUCCACCUUCAUGGAGCGCACGUUUGUGUGUAAGAUGCGAUCUCUCCUCAACAGCUCCUCUGGCUAUGUGGCUCUCAGCAUCGAAGGCAGACUGAAGUACCUCCAUGGGCAGAACAAGCGGGCUGAAGAUGGCUCCCUCCUCCCGCCACAGCUGGCACUGUUUGCCAUUGCAACCCCUCUUCAGGUGCCUGCCAUCCUUGAAAUCCGGACCAGGAGUGCUCUGUUUCAGACCAAACACAAGCUCGACUUUUCACCUGUUGCCUGCGAUGCAAAGGCUCGAAUUGUGCUGGGUUACUCUGAACUGGAGCUGUGCAUGAGAGGUUCGGGAUACCAGUUCAUCCAUGCUCACGACAUGCUGUACUGUGCUGACAACCAUGUUCGCUUGAUGAAGACAGGAGAGAGUGGAUUAACUAUCUUCAGACUACUGACGAAGCAGAACGUCUGGAUCUGGGUGCAGGCAGAUGCUCGAACGGUCUACAAGAAUGGGCAGCCAGAUUGCAUCAUCGCAAAGCAGAGACUCUUAACGGAUAAAGAAGGGAUGGAUCACUUUCAGAAACGUACAAUGCCAUUCCAACUACCGUUCUCAACGGGAGAGGCUGCCUUGUACGACAACAGUUCCCCGCUGCUCGGGCUCACCAACCCCUUUCCGUCUGAGAACGGUAAUCCCGGCAUGGUGCCGAAUGAAUGUGUGGAUCCCAACUCACUCCUUGGGGCCAUGAUGAGCCAAGACCAGGCGGUGUACAUCAGCCACCCGGCAGUGGAACCCAAGUACUCGUUCAGCCGAAUUGGCGGAGCGGUUGCCAGCGCUUCAGCAGCCAGUACAUCAUGCCCGCCAAACGGGGAGCACAAUGUGAAAAAGGAAGAUGCCAGCAGUAAGCAGGAAGAUGAUCUGUUGUCCAUAUUGGAUGACAUCUUUCAAAGUGACAAUGGCGAUGGGUUAGCUGGGCUGCCCAAUGUAUUGGAGAGCUUGGCACCAGAAGACUUGGAGCUCAUGCAUUGGGUGGAGAACACAUUGAAGAUGGACGUGGAUACAGAAUGCUCCCUGAACGACAUGGUGACAAACGACCAGGUUUUGUCCUAUGUCCAUGAAUCACUGAAGCAGAAGGAGAUGAAUGGGCAGAGUUUGCACCAGCCGACUGGAGUGAAAGAUAAUUUGGGCACAGGGGACCAAUUGCCUGAAUGCUCGGGAAUGUCACAGAGGCAAAGUAACCGGUCUCCCCAGACGGCGUCACUGCACUUGCAGCAGAGCCUGCCAUCGUCGAUCCCUCAACAGCCCUCCAAGGCAAGGUACUUGCCCCAAGAAGCCAUGCGACCUUGUAAUGGGGCACAACGCAUGCCCCAGCAGGACUUGUUCCAACAACAGAACAUGCAUUGGUCCCAUUCGCGGCAGCAGCAGUAUGCCUCUGGCCCCAUGCAGCAGCAAUAUGUACAGCAGCAUGUCCUGCACAAGCAGCGGGCUGCAAGACCAAGCCUUCAACUGCAGCAGCACGGGCAGCCAUGCGAGCGGCAAUUCCCCGCGCAGUACUACAACCGACAGCCGCACCAUUAUCACCAGCAGUCCAGCGAUCCCAGCCCAUCCCCAGUCACCGGACACAAUCUAGCUGCCUCGACCAACUGCAGCGUCAGCUAUGGAUACAUGAGGGCUGCACAGAGCUGUAGGAUCAACACACAGCACAACGCACCCCUCUUUAAUUCACCAUCCAGUGCCCCUCCCUGCGUUCCUGCUCCUCCACAGAGCAACAGACUGGACUUCGGUCACCCAAGCAGUGCACUAGCUAGUCACGCACACGAGACCUGCAGUCAAACGGACUGGCUCGCUGGUGCCAACCAUCCAAACGGGACGGCAUUCCCACUUUUCAGCUCCACCGCACCCUGUGUGGGUGGGAAGCAGACAAACCUUCCCGCAUUCCACCCCACAGCGACCGUCCCGUUGUCUCAUAUGAACAAGUGCUCACACUUACACGCCGAGGAACAAAACAGCUGGUGCGCUGUUGAUCUAUACAAGAUGGCAGAGGAUUCCAAUGGCAUUCUAGGCUUUCACCCGACUAUGAAUGGGACCCCUAUUUUUGGCAAUGGCUCUGCACAGUAAUGGACCAUCAGGCUUUCUGUGAAAGGAUCUGACACCUAUUGUUCCAUAAACUUGAGGCCCCAUCCAAGACGUCUGCUUGGCAACCAGCGAAGACUCUUCUGGGCAAAUCCGAUCCUUAUCCAAAGGUUGGCUUUUUAGAUUUUUCUUCAGAAGAUUUUUCUCAAGCGGAGGCUUAAGAUUGUCAAAACGUGAACGCUGUGAAUAGUCCUCAGCUUGGGUGGCCUCCUGCAACAGGAAGUGGCAGAGCUCUGGAAGUAACCACAGCAAGACAACACGAUUCAUCGUUGCAGCCUUAAAGGAAGAUUUUCAUCAACUGUUUGCAUUGGUAGAUGCCAUUUUGGAGGACAACCUUUCUUUAGUUAAGAUAUCCAGCUCUUGAAUACACCAGGCUGGAUUUAAUUUGCCAGGUUUGCUUGCAGAAAGCUAAGUUGCACCUUGAAUGGCAGAAGGUUCUUUAAAAGCACAAGGAUUGGUGUCGGGCAGUAGGGAACCGCAAUCAGCCCUGGACCAAAGUUUGAAAGCAUCUUAAUGUCGGGGGACUUUUAAGACCAUCCUUAAGCACUGUAAAGUCUUUGAGAAUUAAGUUAAUGCUUUGUUUUGCAAAAGACAUUGUGCACUGAGGAUCUGAACUGCAAUGGGCUUUGUGACAAUCAUGCAAUCUGCUGAAAUACCUUCAGGGGGAGUUCUUCAAGAGUGAGCACUGUUUCCCUUCGAAAACAAAAAGCACAGCCUUGAAAAGAAACUAGUUUCAAAGUAAUGUCGGCUUGCUCCUUUCACUCUUUUCUGAGUUGGAAAGGGAUUCCUAUAAACAUAUAUAUAGAGGACAAUGAGUGGGAGCUGACAGCAAGGCACACACACUGUGUGGAUAUCCUUGUUUAAUGCCCUGUAACUUUUUAUAGUACAAAAGUAGUCCCUCACAAAACCAAAUGAAUUAGUGAGCUCCUAACCUGGAUCAAUGCUAUCUUACAAUCAAUUGACAGUGAAGGACCAUAUAACCUCAAGUGCCUUAUACAUUAUAUACUCUUCACUCGAAAGAAUGCUCCCUAAUCCCUUCCUUCCCCAUCCCUCUUAGGAAGAUCGAAAACUCUAGUAUGUUUCAAAUCCACAAAGCAGGAAUGAAUAUUCUUAGGUAGACAAAAAUGCUGGAGAAACUCAGCAGGUGCAGCAGCAUCUAUGGAGCGAAGGAAAUAGGCAACGCUUCGGGCCGAAACCCGUAGGAAAUAGGCAACGUUUCGGGACGAAUCCCUGAAGGAAAUAGGCAACGUUUCGGGACGAAACCCAUAGGAAAUAGGCAACGUUUCGGGACGAAACCCAUAGGAAAUAGGCAACGUUUCGGGCCGAAACCCAU